CGCAUUAUAAAUACACCGUGAUGCACCGGCAAGUCUUGGUCGCGAGGAAGCUCAGGGUUGCAGCAGUACAUCAGUCUUUUUUCUUUCCAUAACAAAGAAAACCAUCAUCCAUCAUUUCCUUUUUUUCUCCCCAAUUCCAGUUAAUUUCAGGCCAGUUGCAUGCAUUGUUCGUCUCCCAAAAUGGUUUGCGAGACAAAAAUCGUUGCAGACGAUCAUGAGGCCAUACCUGGGACCAAAAAAGAUUCAAUUAUAGUUUCCUCCUCGCAAAUGUGGACGUCCUCUUCUUCGCCUUCUCACAGUGCGCGCGAGACUAAGGUGGUAAAACGGAACCAGGUCAUUAUUCGUGAAUAUGAACGCUCAGACCAUGAGGAGGUGCUCCGGAUUUUCAAGGAGGGAAUCUUGGAGCGGAUACCCAAUUCGGCAUUUCGGGGUAUAACGCAGCAAACUCGAAGCCAGUGUAUCUAUGCUCUCCUCACAGUAAUGUGCUAUGUUAUGACCAAAUCCUUCACACUGACCUUCUGCAUGCCCUUUAUUCUCAUGGGCGCACGUUAUUACUACAGCAGAAAAGUAAUUCUCAACUACCUGGAAUGCGCUCUGCACACCGACAUGGCUGACAUUGACGGAUAUUACAUGAAACCAACAGGUUCUGAUUUCUGGGUGGCCGUUCUGCAAGGCCAAGUGGUGGGCAUCGUGGCAGCUCAAGGCCGAGAAGACGACAACACAGUGGAACUCCGUCGCAUGUCUGUGGACUCUUGCUUCCGUGGAAAAGGCAUCGCCAAAGCUCUGGGUCGACGCGUUCUAGAAUUUGCAAUGUUAAACAACUACUCCGCCGUGGUUCUGGGAACAACGGCAGUCAAGAUGGCCGCCCACAAGCUGUACGAGUCAUUGGGUUUCCGGCGAGUGGGAGACACUGAGGACUACACGCUGCCAGGGAUGACCCGCUCACCUCUUGAGAGGCUCUGCUUCCAGAUUCGCUACAGCCGGUACCGAUUACAGCUUCACGAAGAGUGAGAGGCAGAAAUUUUACUUAAAUGUGAAAGAUAGAAUAUAAACAACGCCGCCGGCAAUGACCCUGAACCAUCUGCUGAACUGGUCCUUUUCAACCUAUUUAUUUAUGUUGUUUUCCUACAAUUUUAUUUUUUAUGCUCAUUUUUAAUGGAUGUUUCAUUCCUUUUAUCGCUCUAAAAAUGUCUCUUUUCAUGUUCAUCGUUCCACCCUAAAACACCAUAACCAAGUCCAGUAAUGUUUUGGAUCAAAAAACAUUUCUUCAGUGAACUUUCUUUAAAACACAAAAAUCAAACAAGACAACUUAUUUCUGGCUCUGACACUUUUCCAAUUCAUCUUAAGGGCCAAUCCAUAAAGUAGCACAGAUCACUUCAAAACAGUUCAUGAAGUAGUGGACGUAGGGACUAGAGGGUUGGAGGCAGAAAAGUUUUAUCCACCUUUUCUGAGGAAAUACCGAAGAAUGCGUCUGAACCAUCAAACAGCAGUCUGGUAGGAUUUGUAAGUCUGUCCAAAGCACAACAUGUCUUUUCUAACCGUGUCUGUGCGCCCCUUCUGCCAUCAGUCACAACUUUGCAGCAUAAUCUUUGUUUCCAUGUUGGUCGAGCAUGUUCUUUGUGUUGAGCUCGAGCGGCAACCUUCCGGUCUCCCUCGUGAAACCAACACGGAAGUGACUUAAACGGCAUUUCAUUGACUGGCCGCUAGAGACUGGCUCCAAAACAGAGCAGAAUCUCACUAAUCCCCAACUUUAUAGCAGAAAAAAAAUGUUUACAGCCUGGUACAAAAAUUAGUUUGGUCUAUAAAGCUAAUUUUGCCCUUCAUGACAAGUGUGAUGGGGGUGAUUUUUUUAUAACUCAUCCAUUUAAAUUAUAUAAAGCCUUAAAAUUCUGCGUACUUAGGGGCGUGGGCACUUGAGUGACAAGUGCUUUCAACCAACCAGGCAACUCUGCUUCACCCACAUCCCGCCUUUUCCCCCGUUUUUAUUAUCCGGAAGUGACAUGCUGCCAAGAUGGCGACGGCCGGCUCCGCCCACUUUAGGCUUCAAAAUAGCUAUUCACAAACCUACAGUUGACGUCACCGACUCUACAUCCAUGUACGUCUAUGGUUGAGCUACAGUACCAACAUUUAAAAAAUCUGAAAGUUAUUUCAUGGUAAAUAUAAAAUAAAUUCUUUAUUUGGCUGAGGUUAAAUUUGCAGUGAAUUUAAGUUUACAAAUGUAAUUACUGUUACAAAUCUAGAUUAAAGUGAAAUAUGAUUUGUGUGAAUGUACACACACAUUUCAUAUACAUUCAGAUUCAUGAAUCAGAAUUUUAGCACACACCAAUUUUUGUACUGGGGUUAAAUAAAGCUUUAAAAAGUCCUUAAUUACACUUUUGUAUACUUUGCGGCUAACUUUAAUGCAAAAUGCGAAAUAUGGUGAUCAAAAUAGUUAAAUGCGAACACGUUUGAAGCGUAUUUAAAAUGAUCUUGGGUGACAUAACAGAAGCAAUAUAAUGAAACCAUAAAUUCAACUGAGCACAAAUCGAAAUUUGGAUAAAUGUUAAAAUCUAACUGUAUGAGUAUACAAUAUAUGACUUUAUAUCCGACAACUAUUCAAUAUGUAUAUGAAAAAAGUUUUAAUACAUAUACACAACAUACCACAACACCAUAAUCUCUCUCCGUGUCCAUCUUCCUAUUAUAGUACCAGCAGAGUGAGAGAUCCAAACCACAAUGAGCCUCAUCUGUGACUAACGGUUGUAUAAAGUUAAAAAAUAAUCAAAUGUGAUAAAAACAUAUAUACAAAGAAGUAACAUGUAGUGCAAAAAAACAUGAACCUCACCAGUUUUCCUUGACUUGACUUUAACCCCACCCCCAUCCAAAAAUCUGACUGCAACCCUGGGCCAGACCCCUCCCUCCCUUAUGUCCCCACCCUCUAACCCAAGCCCCAUUUCUGCAUGCCCCACUUUUUGCACUGCCUUUUUCAUCCGAGCUUGUACUACCCCAUACUUCCCUCGGUGAUGUCACAGUAGCAGUGUGGAGAUUAUGGGCGUGUCUUAGAAUGUGACAUGGGCGGGGUCAACCAAAUAAUAGGAUUACCCACCAGCUUGCUGCUUCAAUGACAUCACAGUUGCCAAAAGUAGAAUGCAAGAGCAAUGCAAGUGUGUGGCAUGCCUUUGUACCCGGUUUGUGCGUACAGUGCCUGCCCUUGAAAAAUAACUAAACUAUAUUUAAAACUAUGUAAAACAAGCUUCAGUUUUUAAACGGAACAUAUACCAAAAGUGUGUGCUUCAUUGUUCGAAGAAAUUGUUGUUGCAUGAAACGUCUUUGAAUGAAAAAUGAGCAAGAAAACACCAUCUUUCACAUGGCAAGUCUUAAAAGAGGAACUGUUGCUUUUAUUUAAUUCAAGUUUAUUCUAAAAUACUUGAUUGUUAUGUUGUUUUAAAAUAUGGUAAGAUGUGCUUUUCUAGCUAAGACGGCCUGAUUGUUAUUACCAAUGAUUGAAUGCAAUGUUUUGAUGACGACUAGCCGAGGAAGGACAUUCCUAGACCAGCUAUGUGGGUUGACAAUGAAAAAGGCACCAAAACCGCAAUUUCAGACACUUUAAAGACACAGAUUUGCCAGUCAAACUAGCAUUCACUGGUUUCCCUUAAAACAGCCCACAUGUUAAAUGUUCAGUGAAACUGCAUUUGAAUGCAUUGAGUGGAAAGGUUGGGCUGAUAAAAAAUGUGAGGUGAUGUUGUGUACACCAUAAGUAUGAACAUUGCCUGUGUAAGCCUAAAGCUAAUAAGCUACAGAAGAUUCCACAUAUCUGAGAUAUCUACUAUGUAAGGUUAUUAAAAUCAUUUGAUCGCUGAUCUGUUAAAAAAGAGACACUCCAAACUACACAUAUGGAGUAUUGUAUGAAAAUAUGAAUGCAGAAAUGAUCUCAUACUCUAUAGCCUAACCCUAGCAGGCACAGGAAAUACCGAAGAAUGCGUCUGAACCAUCAAACAAUAAUUCAAGGUUCAUAUUGACAGAAAACCACACAAAUGGUAUUUAUCUCUCAUUAGUCUUAAAAGGGUCAACCUCAGUCGUGGCAGUUGUGAAUGUACAUGGAAAUCAGAAAUGUAUUAAGUUUUUCAAAGAUCCUGAUUUGAACGGUGAUGUAUUUCGGACCUUUUGCUGCGAGUGUUAUUCUGCUGUAGGGCAAAUGCCUUGACUUUAAAAGCGUAUUAUUCUGAAUGCAGUUAGCAUGGGGUUGGGAAUUUCCAGUAUAAGGUGCAUGUAUUGUUACCAGAGCCUUACUGUAAUGCUAAAACGGCAAGCAAGUGCAAGAACAUUGAUCACUGCUCGGGUUAACUAAAUUUGUGGAACAGCCCUGAUCAUGCCACUAGUUUUGCACACGCUAAGACUUUUGCACACGCUAAAGGCUCAACUAAAUAGGAUGUAUGUAUGUAGUUUGUGCGAAGGAGGCUGGGUGAAGGGUUUAGAUCGAUACCUCAGAAGCAACCGAAACAGUCAACGGUUUCAUUUGAUAACAAACGGCUGUUCAAUGUUUCUGAAAUUUGUAUGCUGGAAUUUUUCAAGUGCUCGAGGCAGUUCUGAAGGAAGGAUAAUAAAACUGGGGUUUUACCCAUGAAAGUGCAUUUUUUGUAUAUACAUUUCUAGGGUAUGUGUUAAAGAGAAAGGUUGAAAGUUAUCAAUGAUUAAUUUUCCUCGGAUAGCUGCUACAAUGGAGCAUGGAGGGGUGGAGAUGGGAAGAUGGUCUCUGUAUGUGAUGGUGUGGAGUAGCUCCCCUUCAUGUUUCUAAUUGAAAGCACUUGCAGCAUAUUUGUAUUAUAUAUAUAUUUUUUGUCCCAUAUGCUUAUGAUCCAUUAUAAUGUAUUAAUAUUAUUUUAGUAGAGUUACAUUUGCCAAAGUUUAGCUGUUUGCUGUAUUUCAUUCUUUUGCUCUUUGUUUUUCAAAUGUAUAAUUGUUGCAAUGACUCCAUAUUUGUAGGACUGAUUUGGAAAUCAAGCCCACGUGCCAUUUAAUUAAGCAAUAAUACAAAGUUGAAAAAUAACAUGAUCCAUGAGAUAUAAAAAACCUGGACAUAAAAGUGUUCAAAUGCUGCAAAGAUGUUCAAUCCCUCAUACUUUACUGGUGACAGUCACAACUAUGUUAUUAGUAUUGGCACAGCAACAUCAACACAGGCAAGCCAAGGUCUGACCAGGUGUGAAUGUGAAUUUUGUUUGUAUAUUCUUUUUAUUUUAGAAUUCCUUGUUUCUAAUUACAAAUAACAUGUUUACUUGCAUCUUUGAGAUGAAUUCUUAUGUUUACCGUGGCUUGUUGUGUUGUACUGAUCCAAAGCCCAUAAAAAUGAACACGUUUGACCGAGUGAUGUAAAGGACCUCUGAAAGUUACGCCAAGCUCUGACGCCAAGCUCUAUUGGUCAAUCUCAAUUCCACAGAGACUCAAACAGUCUACUACAGUUAUCGAAACCCGAAUCAACUCCAACAAUUUCCCGAAUGGCGCAACACGCAUAGGUUUAUAUGAAGCUUUUAUGAUUUUAUGGAAAAUAAAAACAAUUAACCUUUUUUAUUAACAUUUUAAUAUGUGUAAAGUUGUAAAGUGUAAUUUACUGUAAAUAGCAUCUGGGGACUUUUUGUGAUCAUUUUGUAUCAAAAACUACAUAAAGAUAAUUAUUUUAAGAUCUUUACAAAAACAAAAAAAACCUACACUCUUUGGGAAACAACUGCAAACUGAAAUUCCAAUAUCUACAACUCACAUUUGUGCCAAUCAGAGCAAAGCAACUUUCAGAGUCCCUGCCAUCCUCUCAGCACUGAGUUUAUAAGGGGGCAUCCGAACUGUAGGUGACUGUCUGUUACGGAUAAAUCCCUGGGUAAUGUAUGGCACUUAUGAGGUUAUUUUACAAGAUUGCUGUAAUACUUCUUCGUUUCAGUCCACAUGUUUACAAAGUGUAAGAAGGCAUUAUUUGUUCCUAUCAUGUCAGCAUGCCGACCAGUUUCAGUCAUUGGCUGCCUGUAACUAUAGAGACAAACCCACCCAAAGCAAAGCAGGGAAAUGAUAUGCAGCCCUACAUAGGAGUGGGGUCAGUUGCCACAAGUGGGGAUGUGUCAAGUGUAGGGGUGGGUGUGGCAUAACAAAAAGUGUGUAAACGGGUUUGAGGUUUUCGGCCGGGCAAAUCUGACCUUGCUUUUCCUGUUUGGUUGCAGUGAUCACCUAAUGGUUCUUUGAGUCUGAAAUCAUUUUACAGCCUUGAUUUAUUUUAAUUUUCUUAAAGGUUUUGUUGAUUGUUUUUAAAUGCUGUUCACUUGCCCCCCAUUCUCUUUUCCUUUCAUUUCCUUAAUACACAGGAACUUUGUAAAGAUGUAAAGAGAAGUUUUCCUGAUUUAUGGAAGAAAGGGAUGUAAAUACUGUAUUGAUUAAAGGUGCGAUGCAUAAAGCUUGUA